AUGUUCUCCAAGGUGUUUUCCGCUGCCGCCGUGGCUUUGGCUGCUUCCCAGCUGGUCUCCGCUCAGACCUUUACCAGCUGCAACCCCACAGAGAAGAAGUGCCCCGAUGAUGCUGCUCUUGGCACGACUACCACGAUUGACUUCACCAAGGGUGAUCUUGGUCUCUUCUCCGAGCUUGAUGGUACCUCGGUCGCGUUCGACAAGGACUUGGGCGCUGUCUUCACCAUCAACAAGGAGACCGAAGCUCCUACGAUUGCUGCCAACAAGUACAUCUUCUUUGGCAAGAUCGAUGUCACUCUUCGUGCCUGCACCGGUCAGGGUGUUGUUACCAGCUUUGUCCUUCAGUCCGAUGAUCUCGACGAGAUUGACUGGGAGUGGCUCGGCGGCGACACCACCCAGGUUCAGACCAACUACUUCGGCAAGGGUGACACCACCACCUAUGACCGUGGUGCUUACCACCCUGUCAGCAGCCCUCAGGAUGAUUUCCACACUUACACCAUCGACUGGACUCAGGAAUACGUCAAAUGGUACAUUGAUGGAAGCUUGGUGCGCACCUUGAACUACAAGGAUGCCAAGGACGGCACUCGUUUCCCCCAGACUCCCAUGCAGAUCAAGCUCGGAACCUGGGUUGCUGGUCGCAAGGACGCUCCCAAGGGCACUGUCGAGUGGGCUGGUGGCUACACCAACUUCGACGCCGCUCCCUUCAACGCUUACUACAAGUCCAUCUCCAUCCAGGAUUACGCCAACGGUGUUUCCGGUGCCAAGUACUACAGCUGGAACGAUGGCUCCGAUGGUUCUUACCAGAGCAUCAAGGUUCUCACUGAUGCCGGCGAGGCCAACACCUCCGCUUCUGGUACUGCCUCGGGCUCUGGUUCUACUGCUACUUCUACUGCCUCCAGCACUGGCAAGAGCGACUCUUCCACUAAGAGCGGCGACAGCUCCAAGACUACCUUGGCCACUGCUACCAUCACCACCCCCGGUGGUCUUACUCAGGCUACUGCUGGAAGCGACAACAACGUCACCCUCAGCGCUACCGGCACUGAGACCAUUGCUACCUCUGCUACUGGUACCCUCGCCACUACCGCUGCUUCGUCAACUGGUUCCGCUGCCGCCACGAGCAGCGUUCCAGCCAGUGCCGCGCUCAAGCAGGGUGUCUCUUCCUUCCUCGGACUCUCUGUUUUCCUCGCCUACCUCGUCUUGUAA